AGGACAUUCGUGGCUAGGAAGGGAUGGCAGAAGCAGCCGCCGGUGCCCGCCUUGAUGCAGCACUGCUCUCCGUGCGUGGAGAUGUCGCCUUGGUUGCUACCGAGGACGGAACGUACUCCCUCACCAUCAGCUUCAACCCUUACCGCUUCAGGAAGCAUAUCAAAAGGACCAUCUUCCGGAUCAGGCGGGUGAUACAGAACACCAUCUGGCCUCUGACCCCCACCAUAUGGGGCGGGGUCACCACGGCUGUAAUUGUGAGGGUUGUCACUGCCAAGAGCGGCUCGUGGUGGAGGAGUGGCUCGCUGGCAAACAUCCUGUGGAAAUGGGACAAUCUUUUCCCAUGGCAACAGAAGCUGCCAACUCAAGUUCGUGUCGGCUGGCUGUCAUUGCUCGCAGGCACUGUCGGCCUGGCAGGCAUCUCUUUCGUACAGAGGUCCUUGCUGCGGCUGCUCCUCAACUACAAAGGCUGGAUGUUCCUUGACCAUGGGUCGAAACCGAGCCCGAUGAUGAAACUGUGGUUCAUUGCAGUGAGGGCGCUUUCAGGGACACAGCCAUCGCUCUACACGUAUCAGGGCUGCUUGCCUUCACUGCCUGUGCCUUGCUUAAAAGAAACAACCAGAAACUUCAUGCUGUCUGUCAAGCCGCUCCUGUCGCAAGAGGAAUACAAUGACAUGGAAGAGAAGAUGCAGAAGUUCAUGAAAAAUGAAGGCUGGAAACUACAGCUUUUCUUGCAAGUUAGAGCAAUGUUCACGGUGUCUUGGCUUUGGGAAUGGUGGGAGAAGUAUGUUUACCUCCGUGGAAGGUCGCCGAUUAUGGUCAACUCGAAUUAUUACAUCUUGGACGGAGUAGCUUUUACACCGACGCAUUUGCAAGCGGCACGCGCAGCUGCUUUGUUGCACGCGGCAGACAAGUUCAAGUUUCUGAUUGACUGGGAAAAGCUGGACCCAAUCAGGCUCCAGAAGACCAUUCCUUGGUGCAUGAAACAAUACGAGAGAGUUUUUGACACCACGAGAGUCCCAGGCAAAGAAUGCGACCAUAUCAUUCAUUACGAUCACGAUCCUCAGAGAUACUGCGCAGUGUCCCGCAAGGGAGUGUGGUACAAGUUGCCCAUGCAAGUGAAGGGCACCAACGGCAAGUGGAGGACUGCUCUGCCCCAUGAGCUGGAGAAGCAGAUGAAUUGGAUCAUCAUGGACUCUGAUUCCACCCCGGCGCCUGAAGGUCAAAAUGCAAUUGCUGCUCUGACUGGGUGGCACAGAGGAAGGUGGGCAGAAGCCAGAGAGGAGUUUUUCUGGGAUGGCAUCAACAAGCUUUCCUUGGAAACUGUCGAGAAAGCUUUCAUGCACAUUCAUCUCGAAGAUCGAUCCCCCACUGAUCUGACCAAUCAAGCGAAGAUGCUGAUCCAUGGUGAUGGCAAAUCGUUGUGGUUUGACAAGUCGGUUACAUUCAUCAUCUUUCCCAAUGGCAAAUCCGGAAUGAUGGCAGAGCACAGCUACGCCGAUGCUCUCACAGUCGGGCACAUGUGGGAAUGGGUAACCACAGAGGAAAGGUACAAGGGCGGCCUCUAUCGCGAUGACGGUCACUGCAAGGGGUUUGAAGACAGCAAGUACGAGCAGGUUGACCUCACAAAGCCGCAGAGGCUCCAAUGGCGGGUAGAUGCUCAGCUCCACAAGGUGAUCAACGAGGCAUACGUAGCCAACAAGCAGCUCUGCGAUGACUUGGAUCUGGUGGUCAUGACUCAAGACACUUGGGGGAAGGGCUUCAUCAAGAAGAAGCACAUCUCUCCUGACGCGUUCUUCCAGUUGGCCAUGCAACUCGCUUACCGCAGGGAUGCCGGCAAACGAGCCCUUACAUACGAGGCAAGCGUAACUCGGCUCUUCGCUCAGGGUAGAACAGAGACAGUUCGCUCUCUUUCCAUCGAAUCCGCUGCUUUCGUGGACUCCAUGAUGGACGAGUCGUGCUCGAAUGUGGAGAGAGUGAAGAAACUGAUGCAGGCUGCUGACAAGCACACGCAGCUCUACAAGAGCGCCAUGGUAGGCAAGGGAGUGGACCGGCACCUCUUCGGCUUGUAUGUGGCGUCUGUCGGGCUGGGGUAUGACUCGGAGUUCCUCAAGGCUGCUCUCAAGAUGCCUUGGACACUCUCCACCUCUCAGACUCCUCAGAAGCAGACUGAAGGUCGAUGGAAUCCCGAUCGUGAAGACCGUCAUGCGGUCUCGGCUGGCGGCGGCUUCGGGCCGGUGGCGGACGAUGGUUAUGGCGUUAGCUACAUGUUCGCUCACGAUGAUGCGAUCUAUGCCAACAUCAGCAGCAAGAAGAGCUCUACCGCAACAAGCAGCGCGCGCUUUCGAGACCACAUUCUCCGUGCCCUUGAGGACAUGAAGAAAAUUUUCUCUGAUGGCAGCGAUGUGUCAGCGAAGAGCAAGUAACUUGAAGCGCCAGCACUCGAUGGUGAGACAAAAGAAGUCAAAGGCAAGAAAGAGGCUCUAACGUUGAACAUCUGCUUUUACGAGAUCUGUUAAGGAACGUUCCUCGCUGUG